CCGACAUUGAAAACAUGUUUUCGUGGGAAAAACUGGUUUUCGCACGAAAACUUGUGUUUUCGUCCAUGUAAAAUCUGUCAAACGAAAACACAGUUUUCGCUGAAAACUUCUUGAAAACUUACAUUCCACUCAUUAUAAUCGGUGCCUGCUCUAGUUUAAUCGAUUUUUUUGGAAGACAUAUUUUGCCGGCCCUAAAUUGUCACUUGAUAUUUGUUUACAUUCCAUAUAAAAUACAGCUGACAAGUAAAUCAUUUCGAAAAUGGAAAAACAAAAGUACAAAAAAAGAAGUUGUUGGAGUGAUAGGGCAGAAGCCCUAUUAAUUGAAUUGUGGCGGAACAAAGUAAGUGCUUUUCGCGGACCCAAGAAGAACAGCCAUAUAGUGGAGGAAAUGGCAAUGGAGAUGCAGCAACAAGGUGUGCAUUUCACGGCGAGUGAAAUAAAGUCGAAAAUGCACAACCUUUCACAGAGAUAUAGGAAAGAGAAGACAGCAGUCGGGUCAACUGGCGGUUCUCCCUCGCAGUGGCCACUUUACGAGAAAAUGAGAGCCGUACUGUUGCCGUACGUCAGCUACAAUGCCGAGAACUUAGUGGAGGAAAGUUUUCAAAGUUCUACUAACUCUGAACGCUGAAGUGCUGUCCGAAUCAUUUCUCCAUUAAUUGGGUCGUCAGAUGCAUAUGAAAUAUCACACGGAUUCUGGCGUCUAGUCUCCAACUCUUCCAAAGCGCGUAACCAUUUAGCGUUUAGCGUGUCGUUGUUAUCAUUUAAAAAAUUGUGAAGGACGCAACAUGCUUUUAUUAUGGAGUUGGCAUUCCGUACAGAGUUGUCAAUUCCUUUUCCGAUGCGUCGAAAGCGGGCCUUGAGGUGUCCAAAAGCAUUUUCGACAACUCUACGUGUUUUCGAAAGAGCGUAGUUGAAUACCUUCUCACCAUUAUUUUGAUUUACGCUAAAUGGAUACUGAUUCUUACGUUGCUGGAAUUAAUAAUAUAUAAUUGAAAACUUUUGCAUCAAUAGGAACAUA